AUGUCCAUCGCCGUCGGUAAUCCCGUCGUCCAGACCUCACCAUCGGCAGUCGUCGCCACCACGUCCCAGGCAGCCGCCACUUCCGCCGCCCAGGUCACCUCGCAGUCCCCGGCUGUCACCACCACCCAGCAGCAGCAGCAGACGACAACCGAGGCCGCCGUGGUCACCACGUCCCAGCAAGAGGCCGCUACCACCACUGCCGCGGCCGUGGUCACCACAUCUGCUGCAGAGACACCGACAACAACCGCCGUGCAGCAGCAAGAAACAACCAGUGCCGCUCAGGUGACGUCUCAAUCGACGUCGACCCAGGAGACAACGUCGCAGACUCCUACGACCACAGCCACGUCCCAGUCAGUCGCCAAGACCAUCACCUCGACAGUGUCGACCACGUCCGAGUCGGCAUCCGUCACCCAGACCGCGACCAGCACGUCCACCUCCACUGCUCCUGGCCUCGUGACCAAGACGACCAAUGGCGCGACCAGCGGAACCGCCGCCGCGUCCAAGAAUGGCUCAUCGACGACCUCGCUGUCGAGCGGAGCCAUUGCUGGUAUUGUCAUUGGCGGUCUUGCUGCCAUCGUCCUGGUUGCCUUCCUUGCCACCCGCUGGAUGCGCAAGCGCUCGCGUUCAAAGCGCACCGCCCAGCGCUCGUCCAUGUUUGAGCCAUGGCAGACGGCCCCGGCCAUGGAGGACACGUACGAAAAGCCCUACCCAAUGCAGGAACAGGCAACGCCACCUUCUUUCCCUCCUGGUACCGGCAUGAACGACGCUGCGUACGGCGCUGGCGCCGUCCCCUACGGCGCCCAGUUCCCCGGCGCCGGCUACGACCAGUACGCAGAGUACCCCCAGACUGGAUACACUUCGGGCGGCUCGUACCCUUCGCAGGCAUACUCGGACAUGCCCUCCUCGGACGCGUCUGGCAUGGCUGGCUACGGUGCCGCCGCUGCCGUCCAGCAGGGCGGCGUCUACGACCACAACGCGCCCGUCGACGGCGCGUACAACCCCGCUAUCUCUCCCGUCGACCCCAGCGGCGCCUCGCUCGCUACGGGUGCCGCCAUUGGUGCCGGCGCCGGCGCCGGUGCCCUCGCUGGCGCAGCUCUUGUCGGCGGUGCUUCGUCUACCCACUCCACCGGCCAGACCGGCUCGGCCGCGGCUGCCGCCGCCGGCCUGCACGACGGCAUGAUGGUCCGCGUCAAGGUCGGAUUUGUGCGCAGCCUCGAGGACGAGCUGGCCAUCAACCAGGGCCAGCAGCUCUACCUCCACACCUCAUACGACGACGGAUGGUCCCUGUGCGAGGACGACGCGCACAACCGCGGUGUCGUCCCCCUCAGCUGCCUCGAGCCGUGGCAGCAGUAA